AUGGAAGGCAAGAUCACGUACCUCAACGUGCCCGUCUUCCUGCUCGUCAUCUACACCAUCCCGCUCCUCUUCCUCCUCUACCACUUAUGGUGGAAAAUCAUCACCAAAUUCAGAAAGGCCCUCACUGGCACCCUCGCUAUCCUCAUGUUGUUCAUGGUGUGGCUCAUCGUGAGCCUGUUCUUGGCGCCCAUCAACAGCAUCCUCGCCAUCGUCCUCACCGUCGUCGAGAUCUUUGGCCUCUCCAUGUUCUGCAACCAAAGCGGCCCACCGGCCCAGCAUACCACGCUGAUCAUUUGGAUGCACAUGUCGGACUUGUCUCGGCGCUCGCUGCUGAAAUCCAUCGUAGGCUCCAUCUUCAUCGCGGGCCUGGUGGCCAGCGGAUGGUACUUCAUAGCGAAUCCCGGUAGCGAGUGGACCUCCACGAACACCGACUGGAGCUUCUUCGGUAUCCUCUACAACGGCGUCUGGUUCCUCAUCUACCUCACCCUGCUCGUGGUGCCCUACGUGCCGUACCUUCGCACCUUCGCUGCUCGUCGGGCGCUCCAGCGCUUCCUGUUCGUGCUCGUGGCGGUGUGGCUGAUGUCCACUGCGACCGCGGUGCUGAGUGUGGCCAUGGCCCAGAGCGCCCUCUCCUCGCUGUUCUUCGUCAUUGUCUACGUGUCCGCACUGUCCGCCGAUUCCAUCGAGUGGCGCAAGAAAGGAUACGCGGGAACUAAGUUUGGCAACAACUCGUCCACUCUGCCACUGCUGACGCUGUCGGACGACUGGCGCAUCGACUACGACGACCUCGAGAUCGUGGAGCCGCUGGCCCGAGGCAACUUUGCCGAAGUCCACAGAGGGUUCUGGCGCGGCAUCAAUGUGGCCAUCAAGACUCUCUAUCAGACCCAAAUGCAGCACACCGAACUCAAACAGUUCGAGAACGAAGUCGAACUCCUCCGCCAGCUGCACCACCCCAACAUUGUGCUGUUCAUCGGCGCCUGCAUGCAGGCCCCACACUUUUCGAUCGUGAUGGAGUUCAUGACGCAGGGCUCACUGUACCACGUCAUUCACUCCGACCGAGAGAUCACGCUCCACCGCAAGUUCCUGAUGGGGCGCGACAUCGCCCGCGGCAUGCUCUACCUCCACUCCCACAAACCCUCCAUUGUACAUAGGGAUCUGAAGAGCCUGAACAUUCUAGUGGACGACAGUCUCAACCUGAAGGUGACCGACUUUGGCCUCUCGUGCAAGGUCAACCACACCAUUACGGCCGUCGGCACUCCCAUGUAUUCGGCCCCUGAGGUCCUCCGUUCGUCUGUUUACACUGAGAAGUCAGACGUGUACAGCUUUGGGAUCAUCAUGUGGGAGCUGAUGACGCGAGAGGAGCCCUACGUGGGCAUCAAUUUGUUCGAGAUCAUCAACAAGGUCGUCACGGAGAAGCUGCGGCCGCGGCUGCCCGCACCGUCCGACGAGUUCCCCUCGUGCCUUCUCGACAUCAUCCAGCGGUGCUGGGACGAUGAGCCGGAGGUGCGGCCGUGCUUCCGCGAGAUACUGGAGUACAUGGAGAUCAAGGCCGAGGAGACGCGCGACCCCGCACUCGUCGCGGCCUCGUCGUGCUACGUCGACCUCUCGAGCUCGGGCGUGCGCCGCACGCUCACGGCCGGCCUCCGGCGCUCGUCGUCCCUCUCGACAUCCGCCGGCGCGACCACUUCGGCCGCCUCGUCGAUGCCGCUGCCGUCGCUGGCCGCCGGCGCUGGCCGCGAGGAGAGCGUCGAUGACGAAGACCGCCGGCGGACGACGACCGGCAGUGGCGAGGAGAGCGGCGACGGCGGGCCGUCGUCGGUGCGGCUGCAGAUCGACGUGCCGGCGUCAUGGGACGACGGCGCGAGCGACGCCGAGAGCCGGGAGCGCACGCGGGAGGAGGAGGUGCGAAGGCAGCGACAUCAACGACACGAACAAGAACGAAGUCGCCAACUGCAGCAGCAACUACAACGACAACGACAACAAGACGAACGGGAAGACAAUGAAGAGCGCCGAGGAGAUGAUGAAGACGAAGACGAGGACAGCCGAACACGGCGACGGCUCAACAUCAACGACGCAGACAACCCAUGA